AUGAUACUAAUUCUUAAUGAACAUUUUCCGCUCCGUUCUAUUGCAGAAAUGGGCGUCUUGCCUGAAAUAUCCAAAGCCGUUCAAGAAAUGGAUUGGAUCCUUCCCACUGACAUUCAGGGAGAAGCUGUUCCCUUGAUUCUUGGCGGAGGUGAUGUAAUCAUGGCCGCUGAGACAGGAAGUGGUAAAACCGGCGCUUUCUGCAUUCCUGUCAUUCAAAUUGUCUAUGAAACCCUUAAAGAACUAGAAAAUGGCAGUGGCAGUAAUUCAAAGAUGAAGAAUAAGCCAACGAUGUUUUCAAAGCCAGUGCACUUGAACAUAUUUGAUAGGACAGCUAGCUUUGCAAUUGACCCCAAUGGAAUGCUCUGUCAAAGUCGUGACCCAAAUGGUUGGCAUGGUGCAAGAGCAACAAAAGGUGUCAGAAAUUCUGGCAAGUACUACUAUGAGGCACGAAUAACAGACGAUGGUUUAUGUCGAGUGGGUUGGUCUACUGCUCUAGCUUGUCAUGAUAUUGGAACAGAUAGUGAUAGCUACGGUUUCGGUGGUACUGGAAAGAAAUCUCAUCGUCGUCAAUUUGAUGAUUAUGGUGAAUCUUUCACUGUCAAUGAUGUCAUCGGUUGCUACCUUGAUCUUGACAACCGAACUAUUAGUUGGUCAAAAAAUGGAAAGCGGUUCCCAAAGGCAUUUGAUUUACCUCAGAGCCACGUCUCUGCAGGACUUUUUCCAUCAGUUAGUUUGAAAAAUGCCGAAUUGUUGCUGAAUUUCGGCGAAUCUGCUUUCGAUUAUCCUCCAAAAGACACAUUCAUCGCUUUAGGUUCUGCUGAUGCAAAAAAUUUGGUUCUAACUCCUCGUACAACUUCACAAUCGACAGGAUCAACAGUUCGUGGGUCAAAACACCCCUUAGCGCUCAUCAUGGAGCCAUCUCGGGAGUUGGCUCAGCAAACCUACGACCAGAUACUUCUCUUUAAGAAGCACUUAAAUGAUCCCAGCCCUCGUGUUAAACUCAUAAUUGGUGGAGAUGGUGGGAGGAAAGACCAAGAUGGCUCAGGGGUAUUUUUACAUUUUAUUAUUCCAUUACCACUUCCAAUCGUCUCUGCUAAUUCUAGUUUGAUUAUUAAUGCAUUAUGGUUUUUUGGUUCACAGGUGGAUAUAGUUGUUGCCACUCCUGGUCGAUUAGAUGAUAUGGUCUCUACGGGUGCCUUAUCACUCUCCCAUUGUCGUUUCUUCAUUCUGGACGAAUGUGAUGGCCUUUUGAGCGCAGGAAAUGGGCAGCUCAUUCAUCGCCUCUACAACAAAUGCCCCAAGGUUACUCCUGAUGGACUGCAUCGCCUUCAGAUGAUUGUCUGUUCGGCCACUCUACAUUCCUUUGAGGUUAAAAAGCUGGCUAAUCAACUAAUGUAUUUCCCUCAAUGGGUCGAUUUGAAGGGUCAGGACAGCGUUCCAGAGACUGUUCACCACGUUAUCUGUCAAGUUGACCCUCACCAGGACACCUCCUGGAAGCAAAUGCUGGGCAGCGGCGUCGGUCACAUACACACUGAUGGUGUUCACAUGAGAGAUAAACUCAAUGCCAACUACGAGACUCCUGAAUUACUUUCUGAGGCCGUCAAAUUGCUCAAAGGCAAGUACGUGGUACGAGCCAUUGAACAACAGAAGAUGGACCGUGCUCUCAUCUUCUGUCGCACGAAAUUGGACUGUGAUAACCUCGAGCAGUUUUUUAUCUCCUUGGGUGGUGGGCCUACCAAAGCUCAUGGUCAAUUCAGCUGCGUCUGUCUCCAUAGUGAUCGCAACCCUAUGGAGAGAAAGGCGAAUCUACAAAAGUUCAAGAAUGGAGAAGUAAAUUUCCUCAUUUGUACUGAUGUUGCUGCUCGUGGUAUUGAUAUAACCGGACUGCCAUAUGAUAAUGAUAGGCAACUUUAA